AUGGUCGACAAGCGACGCAUAUUACAUGACAUCUCCGUCGUGACGCUAUUCAACGCCGGCAGCGAUCAUCGUCUGGUGAGGGCGAGGGUCGUCAUCGACGGGACGAGGGAGAAGAUGGCGCUGCAUUUGGCGUCGAAGGGAAAACGCGUCCGAGUCUUCAACGAGGCGAAGCUGCAGGAAGCCAUUCUGCAGGAAAUCUGGUGCAAAGGAGACGGCAUAGACGAUGACUACAACUCACUGAUAGGGAAGCUGAAGGAGUGUUUAAGAAAGGCUAAGGGAGUGUGUCUGAGAGAGAAGAAGGGAGGAGUCUCGGAGGAAACUACGAAGAUACUAGAGAAGAGGACUAUUGAAGAUCACCUUGAAUAUUCCCUUCUCAGCAGAGUGAUUCGUCAGCAACUGAAGAGGGACUUUGAGGCAUACCGGAUGGAGAAGAUCCUGAAGGCCGCAGAGGAAAAGAAGAGCCUCAAUAAAUGCAAGAUGGACAUGGCACUAUAUAGAUCGGAGGUGAUGGCCCUGAAGAAUACAGAUGGAUUCGGUCAACAAUAA